AAUAUUCAUGAACACCGGCGUCCAGGCAACGCGGCGACGCGCUCCACUGACUGGAGUUUGGCUGAGACACACUUCACUGCUCUCACAAUGUUACUUUAGUUAAUUAAACACGUUUCAUCGUUGUAGCCUAUAAUAUAAAUAAUUAAUCAGCAUGUAUGAUCGAGCUCCCAGGUUCACACAUUUGACAUUAAGCGGCACCACGUCUGAAAUUGGACCAGGAUCGUAUAAUAUCAGCAGGUCUCUGAGCGGUAAAAGUGAUUCGUAUGCCCCCUUCCUCUCGCUGUCCGGUAGAGAGUCCGGGUUCCUGGGGUCGGGCAGUGGUCUCCUCUCUCCUGGACCAGGACAGUACAACAGUGACAUUACCAGGAAUCACAUUUUGGGAGGAAAGAGUCUUCAGAAUCGCUCCAAGCGCUUCGAUGACGUGGUGUCAGAUGUGCCGGGACCGGGAGCGUACAAUGUUAGAAAUGAUGUUUCACCUGCAGGGAAAAGAACAACCAAUCCAGAGAAGAGCCCGAAGGCCAUCCCUAAAGCGACUAGGUUGCUGCUGAAUCUUGAUGCCCCGUCCAUCCCGUCUCCUGGACAGGCAUUCGGAUAUGAAGAGGAUGCUCAAGGUGUCCUGCACCGGCACAAACCCCCCACCAGAGACCAGACCCUCGGCCCGGCCUUCUACAGUCCCGUACCGGAGGAUCUGUCCUCUCAAAAGUAUAAAGGUGUGCAUUUCGGGAAGAUGUCGGGCCGAAGAGAGCAGGUAACGGGUGGAGAAGGACCUGGACCAGGACAUUAUGAUUUACAAGAGGAUCACACUAUCCACUAUGAGAAUGUGAAUCUCAGGCAAGAUCAGAGAGGCCGUUCAGAGCUGGUCAUCCCUCGAUACCACGAGCUGGUGGCUCUACUGGAGGAGAAGAAGGGUGUUCCAGGACCAGCGCAAUACUACAUAAAGAGUCAGUUUGAGACGCCCAGUAACCCACACGCUCCUGUGUUGAGUCCACCCUUCCUGUCUCAAGCUCAGCGGUUCAGUCCGGUCAAGGAUGAGACGCCCCCUGUAGGUGCGUACAAUGACCCGCGCUGUGCUCUGGAGAUCCUGAAGAAAGGCAGAGGGGUGAAGAAGAAUCCUUUCGGCCUGACAGCUGUACGCUUUCUGACAGAAAACAGAUCGAAAGCUACGCCAGGUCCCGGUGCCUAUAAUGUGUUUGAGUAUGGCCUGGCUUAUGAGAGUUUGAAGAAAGCCUGCCAGGAGAGCACGAGGAAGGGCGCCUUCGGCUCUAUUGCACCACGCCGGCUUUUCCUCCCCAGCAAAGAGGAAAUGAGCCGCCCGGGGCCGACUCAGUACAAGGUGGAGAAAACAACUCAAGCGUUAUAUAAGAAACAGAGUACAGCUGCUUUUAAAUCUGCCACUGACAGACUUGUGGGUUCACUGUUCGCCAAAGAUACACCUCCGCCAGACUCAUAUAACGUGAGUGAAUCGUUUGAGAAGAUACACGGCCUCCAUCACUACAGCAAGCCGCGGAACGAGAAAGCACGCAAGCGACAGAGCUGCUUCCUGUCUGCCGCCCCCAGAGACGCCUUCCUCCACUACGACCCUGAAACCCCAGGUCCGGCUCAUUAUAGUCCAGGUGUUAAAUCAGGCUCAAAACUUGCACUGAUUGUCUCAAAAGAAGAUCGCUUCAAAAGCCCCAAAGACAAGACCCCUGGACCUGGAGCAUAUGAGUUGAGUCCGCUCAUCAUGGACACGGUUCUGAAAAGCACCUUCAACGUGACGCUUCAUGAUCCUUUGGUGUCCAGCAUGAGAUCUUUAUCUUCACGCAGGUCUUUGAGAAAACCCUCUGCUCACAGCAGUGCCUAACUCAGGUCAAAGGUCACACACUUCCAAAAAGACCUCGGCUAAGCCUCUCCUAUUAAACACAUGCUUCCCAGGAGUUCCUGUCACACACACACACACACACACAAACACACACAAACCUCUUUAUGGGUGAUAUAUUUCCCCAGUGCUCACGGAGAAUAAAUCAGGAUUCUUUAAUGGGUUUGAUGUUUCAGGGUUUUUGUGCGUCAUAAAUUCUCAGCCCUGCCCACAAUAACACAGCGCUAAUGUAGAGAGAUCUCGACAUACACACACACAACAUCUUGAUAUCGUUAUACACACCCUUUUAAUCUAAUUAAGCAUUUACACACUCUCAUUAUUCAGCAGAGAGAGGGAGGUCGAGAGAGGAAGGGCGAGAGACGAACGAACGAAAGAAAGAGAGGUUUUAGCUCUUUAUUGAACUGACUUGUUUUACAUUUGCAGGCUAAUUGAAUCAGAUAAAUCACUGUGGCGGCUCUCGCCCUGCGCGCGUGUUUGUCUCACAGAGUUUACGGAUGUUAAAGUCAAUGCAAAAUCAAAAUUGAACCCAUUUGCUUUCUUAAUGCACGAUCCUGGACUUAUUGUGAACAAUUCAUCGGUGCAUGUUACUCCAGAUAACAAAACGCCAGUUUGUUGGUGUAAUCUUUCUUCAAAAAACUUUUAGGUUAACAUCACCUAGGUCAUGUGGCUGUUGGAUAGUGUUAAUCAAUACAGUGCAACAGUCGGGUUCUGGAAGUAAAGGUCCCAUUCAUUUUCUCCAUAAGGGAACUGAUUUUUAAUGAUAACUCAUAAACCAUUAAAGGCAGACCUGCUGUGAGCUACAAGGUUGUUAGUCGAUGGUAAAUGCUUUUAAUUAAAGCCAUCAGUAUGCAUUAUUUCAACUUAUUUUUUUUUUUUUAAUAAUUGUGGUCAGCAAUGGAAUUCCUGGUGAAAAACUACAUUAUCCAUGAUUAUAUACCAGUCUUCAACAAUCAUUGAACAGAAACCAAUCUUACAGUAUAUUUAAGAUUUGGUCAUUGUUUUUAUUUGAUUAUGCCAGUAGCAAUGCUUCAUGGAAUUCUUUACAUUAUUGUAGUUCUUUCCAUUACUUACACAGUUAAAUACAAAGUCUCAUUCCUUUGUCUUUUUUGCCCAAUCUCCCAUUCAAAGUUGGG